UGGGCCACUGCACCAGGCUGUGUUUGCACAUUUUAUUUCCAUAUUUACCUCUUGUCAGCCCUGAUAGAGAACGUGGCACCCUUUCAAGCUUCUCAUAAAAAAUCUAUUCACACAAACACCCCUGAGCAAUAUGGACUUCACUGAAGAUACUGUGUAAGAAGCAGAGAAGAGUUCACACUGUGCAUUCUAUUAGACACUUCGUUCUCGGAAGUACCUUAUUGGCCAAACCACCAAUGAAGUUUUUUCUCUUUGUCCUCCCCUCUCAAGGCUCAGCCACCUCGCCUCCUUUUUUCCCUACCAGAUAUACAAUCCAUCUUCUCACCUCCCUUGGGCCUAGCUCAGUUACCUUCUUAAACCCAUCACUGCUCAGCAAAAUGUCCUCUAGUUAACUUAAACAUUAGGAGGCAAUUUAGUGACCUGUUGCACCUGAGCAGGUUCUUAAGUGGGAGGACUCACAUCACAUUUCCAGAAAAAUCUACCAUAUAUAGAUAUACCCCUCCCCACAGAUUUCUGGUUAAUGAAAUUACCUGCAUCUUGUUAUGUACACUAUAUGCAAAUCCUGUAACCUCAAUUUCCUGUCGUCUUAACACAUCUUACCCAGAGAUCUCAGGAAGAUUUUUCUUUUCCUUCUGUUUGCCUACCUCCCUCUUCAACUUACUUGGGAGUCGGCAUCUGACCAUAAUCGUGACUGGUGAUGAUUUAUGCAAACACAAUACUGUCAAGGAAAAUACAUGAAUUGUCUUAAUUUUAGGCCUUUAAAAAAAAAAAAAAACCGCACAGGCCUCACAAUCUUAAAGUUCUACCUAAAUAUCCAGAAAUACCCUUAAGAAUUUUUGAAGCUAUGCCUGUGUAUAUUUUCUUCCUUCCCGAAUUUUAAUGUACUAACACUUUAGGUAAAUAAAAUAUUUCUUUACAAUGUUACUGAUAAUAAUGCCUUUGUAAUGGUUGUUAUUCCAAGUUGCAUUAUGUUUCAUUAUGGUUUUUAAUAGGACUUUACCAUUUUUGUCCCCACCUUGUAAGUUUCAUCUUGCCUAAGUACCCCAACAUGUUUGUUAGCUUCUGGUUUUGCAUACAGUGUACAUUAUGUGUCCUUGAUCAUCUGCUUUGCUUGGUAAGAUCAUCUUAAAUAACAGGACAAGCGUUAUCUACUGUGUGUGUGUUGGUAUACACGUUUUUCUUCAUUAUUAACAACUUAAUGUAAGAUAUUUCCAGACGAUUUGUAUGGCCUUAAAAAAAAAUCACCUUAUUACUGAAAUGUCAGGGUGGUGAUGCGUGCUGCUGAUUGUUUACCAUUCAAUUUUUACAAGUGUUCUGAUUCCUGGCGGAUGCCAGGUUCUUAAUGCUGUUACGUCAAUAAUCUCCUUUGAGAACCAGGAAAGCUCUGCCUGACAGUUUCAGAGAAUUCAUGGAUCUUUUGAAACCCAUCCUCUGACCCCUGUUCCCGAAAUUAAACCUUUACCUUUAAAAAAAAAAAAAAAAAAAAAAAAAAAGCUUUCCAUGCUACCUGCAGAGGGCUCCAAACGGUGUUGUUCUGGAUUCCGGUCGUAACUUAAAGGGAAACUUUCACAAUGUCUGGAGCUCUGGAUGUCCUGCAAACGAAGGAGGAGGCUGUCCUUAAGUUCCUGGAAGCAGGAACCCAUUUAGGUGGCACCAACCUUCACUUCCAGGUGGAACAGUAUAUCUGUAAAAGGAAAAGUGAUGGCAUCUACAUCAUAAAUCUGAAGAGGCCCUGGGAGAAGCUUCUCAUGGCAGCUCGUGCCAUUGUUGCCAUUGAAAACCCUGCUGACGUCAGUGUUAUAUCCUCCAGGAAUACUGGCCAGAGGGCCGUGCUGAAGUUUGCUGCUGCCACUGGAGCCACUCCAAUUGCUGGCUGCUUUACUCCUGGAACCUUCACCAACAGGAUCCAGGCAGCCUUCCAGGAGCCACGGCUGCUUGUGGUUACUGACCCAAGGGCUGACCACCAGCCUCUCACGGAGGCAUCUUAUGUUAACCUACCUACCAUUGCUCUGUGUAACCCAGCUUCGCCUCUGUGCUAUGUGGACAUUGCCAUCCCAUGCAACAACAAGGGAGCUCACUCAAUGGGUUUGAUGUGGUGGAUGCUGGCUUGGGAAGCUUUGCGCAUGCGUAGCACCAUUUCCCGUGAACACCCCUGGGAGGUCAUGCCUGAUCUGUACUUCUACAGACAUCCUGAAGAGACUGAAAACGAAGAGCAGGCUGCUGCUGAAAACGCUGUGACCAAGGAGGAAUUUCAGGGCGAAUGGACUGCUCCAGCUCCUGAGUUCACUGCUACUCAGCCUGAGGUUGCUGACUGGUCUGAAGGUGUGCAGGUGCCCUCUGUGCCUAUCCAGCAGUUCCCUACUGAAGACUGGAGUGCCCAGCCUGCCACGGAAGACUGGUCUGCAGCUCCCACUGCUCAGGCCACUGAAUGGGUAGGAGCAGCCACUGCAGGUCUUAAGCUGUUCUUGUUUGGGCUCUUCUUUUUUUUUUUUUUUGUUUUAACUGACGCUCUGAGGCGCCGGCAAAACCGCCUCGCGGGUCACAAGAGUCGCGCUGGCGACCCGUGGGGCUCCUCCGCUGGGAAUCUCCUGGUGCGUGAGCACAAGAAUUCAUAUGAAGCUUUCGGAAUGAAGCUAUAUCAAAAAGAGUUGCCUGGGUGUACACCUGGAAAUGGAGGUCGGGUGGACCCCAGUAAAAGCCCAGCGGGAAGGGGCGGGGACGAUUCUGGCAAUCACAUGAGAAAGGGAGCAGCCUCAGCAGGGCAGGUGGACACAGUCGUCAACCACUCGCUGGCCGCCUGGGAGGUGAAGCACCUGCACUGGGCGUGGGCACUCGCGGACACUCGCUGCGCCUCAACAGCCCAACGGCGUCAGCGCUGCGGACCAGGAGAGGGCUUGGUGUCUCAAAGGCAGGGCGGCUAUGCAGCCUGGCGCCCACCUCUACCUCUCCCGGAAGCUCUGAGCCAGCACGAAGGAGGAUGGUAG